AUGCAGCAGUGGAGGACGGAUGCUCCUGCCGCGACCUUCGACAUGGUUUCCAUGGAAAGGAGCAAGGGGUUUGUCAAGGCCCUGCAGGUGAGUGCCUUCCUCUCCGCCUUCUUAGAUCUGAGUUUCCUGAGCCACCUUUCCGAGGCUUCCUCAGUCCGAUCCACCGUGAUACAUUCGAAUCUGCCUAGAUUUUCUCCGUCGCUGCAUCCAGUGUCGUGAUAUUUUGAAUUUCUUCCGGUAGCUCUAGUCCUCGUCAAUUUUAUUCUAUUCCUGGUUUUUCCUACACUUUUUGACAUAGAAUGCUCUUCCUCUCCCCUGUAAAAAUUGCUCUCCGUUGUCCUACCUUCGCGACGAUCAUCUGAGACCGUCUGUAGACUUCUGCCUUGGAAGGAAACUUCGUUGAUGGUUACCGUCCGACAUGUACGGCCAUGAUCACCAAGAACAGAUGGAUUUGACUUACCGGUAAAACAAGUUCUGGUUUGAGAGUUGUCCGUGCGAUUCGGGGAAUUCCAGGGUCACUGGGUUCUUCAAACCCAGAGACAAACGUCUUCGUCAGCAAUGCUGAAGAUUAUUGCAGGAGUUGUUUGCUUUCAUUCUUGUUGGAAUGCUGUAGCCCAUUCUCCAAUGCCUUUCCAAGCUUGUGCAAUAAACUCGACAUGUUUCGUUCUUCUUCUUUUUUGAUCUUUCUCUGUCAUUUUCUCUCUCUGAAGACUGCUCUUCUGUGCAGUCUGUCUUCGACGGCGAUUCCCCUUUUUUGAAGAUUCAUAUUCUAUAGAUCAUCACAUGUCUGGUCAUCUGCAGGAACUGAAGAAUCUCAGGCCUCAGCUCUACUCAGCCGCUGAGUACUGUGAGAGAUCCUACCUCCACAAUGAACAGAAACAGAUGUAAGUCUUCUGGCUUAAGAAAAUUCUCUUAAUCCACCCCUGCCGCUUCGCUCAUGCACAUUCUGUGUUGCCCAUAAUGCUAGAAGAGGCUCUACGUUCUCUACAAAUGCUCUGGAAUUCUUGAAACCUUGACGUCUGUGAGGGAAACGCUGGAAGAAGAAUGGACCCAUGUGUAAACUAGAACAAAGCUUUCGCUUGGUAACCUGGAACAGGGGCCAAGGGCCUGGCCUUAAUAAGUUUCAAGGCCCAUCUUCCAGUCUUUCACUCAUUAAUUUUUAUUUUUAUUUUACUUUUGAGGAUUAAUAGAAGAAGAGCUACAUCUACAUUUGCUCUGUGGACUUUUCUGUGGGAUAAUUUAUUUUUCUCCCGGAAUUAAGAAACGAAACCGAUCCGAUCCAUUUUCUCCUGUUGAUAUGCUUGAUACUCAACCACCAUUGAAUAAUAUUCCCUCCUACCUAAGUCUCCAUCUAUAUUUCUCAUAAACUUAUAUUUGGGAUAUAUGGAAGGUGCUGUUGUUCUUUUCUUGUUGGAAAAUGGGUCGAUUGACCAUUUUAUCUGUCUUGCGCUUUUAUUGUUUCUUCAACUUUUCUGAGCUCUAGACUUCCACUCCUGUGCCAGAGUGUUGGACAACCUGAAGGAUUAUGCCGUUCGAGCCCUCGUCAACGCCGUUGACCACCUUGGCACCGUCGCUUACAAGCUGACCGACCUGUUCGAACAGCAAACUUCAGACAUGUCGACAGUGGAGCUCAAGAUUUCCUCCCUAAAUCAGGUGGGACCCUGGGAGAUAAGUAUGGUUGGAACAAAUCGGGUAAGAUCCUGAGAAAACUUCUCCCCAAAAAGAGAAGCUGAUCACUUCUUGCUCUCAUUGCCAGCGAGUUCUCACUUCCCAGUGCUUCAUAGACAAGGACAACCUCCGACAGCGGCAACUGUUUCCCAUCUGUCCGAGGCAUCACAAGCAUUACAUACUCCCAAGUACGAUCCACAAUCCCAAAUUAGCCUUUCUCUCUCUAAAGUUUGAAAUCUCCAUCAGGGGGGAAUGUUAGUUGACUCUUUUGAUUUGAAUGCACGAGUCAGACUCUGUCAGCAAAGGGGCGGCACAUAGUAAUCCACCAUUAUUGACUGAGAAGAAGCAGAGCCCCGUCCAGACAAUGCCUCGUCCUCAUCCUCUGGGUACACAUCCACAGUUCUUACCCUCACAUUCUCCCAGUUCUUUGGAUGUUCCCUUCUCUCUCUCUCAUCAUCAUCAUCAUCGUCAUCAAUCUCAGGUACGCAGGGUACCAAAACUCUUCUGUGGCAUCUGGCUUCCGAACCCAAUGCCACAUCGUCCGAAGGAGCCUCGAAGACGCCAUCAGGGUAAGUUUCUGAGCCUUUAGAUUCCGCGAUCUUGUAUCCCCCCAUUGAUUCGAUGUUGCGCCCACAUGCUUCCCUUUUUGUUCAUCUGUUGCUAAUGAUGCAGCAAUGAAGAUACCAAGGAUUCUAAGGUCGCUGAUCUCCUCCAUCCAACUAGUAAGUUCGAUAAUUAUGCUACCUAAGAUUGCCGUCUCAUUUUUGCUCAUCAUUUAUUGACAUAAUUAACCAUACGAAGCAGCCUCUGGAGCGGCACAUCUGCAAUCCUCCUCCGGAACCCCCACUCCUGAUCCAAUCGUGCAGGCGCUCCUUGCCAAGGUAAUUUCUUUCCACGAACCUAGACAAGGCAUUACAGAAAAAAAAUCACCACCAGAAGAGGGUUGACAUUUUUUUAUUUUAAGUCAAGAAGAUCGUGCUGACUUUUCCCUCGGAACCUAGACAAGGCACUAAAAAAGAAUCACCACCAGAAUUGGGUUGAAUUUUUUUAUUUAAAGUCAAAAAGAUCACGCUGCACCACGUGCGAGCGAGCUGACUUUCCCCAACUCUCUCUGUUCACGUGGCUGAUCUUGUUCUUGCCAUCUUCAAGGAUCUAUCUGUGAUUGAGAAGAACAUCAACGUCUUCUCUUCUUAUUCCGUUAUUUAUUUAUUUAAAUAAUAUAUAUAUUUUUCAUUAUCAUCAUCAGGAUGCUGCUGAGGUUCCCAUGAACUUGUCAAGCUUCCAGUACCUUGACAACAACGCAGGCAGACGAGAGAUCAUCCGGCCUCCUCUCCGCAGUAAGAGCAUGCUCUCGGCGUUCUUUGUCAAGAACAAGUACCCAAAGCAGAAGAAAGCCCUUGUAUUGUAA